GGGACAAGAUGGCGGCGGCGGCGGCGUGAGGAGAGCGGAAGGAGAGCGGAGGCCCAUUGAAGCGGCCCAACAUGGCCCUCCGCGGACCCCGGUAUAUUUUUGGAGAUUUUAGUCCCGAUGAGGUUAAACAGUUCUUUGUGACUCCACGUUGCUCUGUUGAGCUUCCUCCAUACAAUGAAUCCAUUUUAUGUGGCAGUCAGUCCACAGAUGAACUCCAUGAUGGUGCAUCCAUUUCAAUCCAUACAACAUUGCAUCCUCGAAACAUCACGGAAUGGGUUGAAACAAAGAUGCCUGGAAGCAAAGUGGACUGUCAACUUCUAGGGGAAGAAUACCAAAGAAUUGAAUUUGGUGUUAAUGAAGUUAUUGAGCCAGAUGCCUCUGUGCUGAAUAACACUAACUACAGUAUUUCCAGUACACUGAAUCCUCAGGCUCCAGAAUUUAUUCUUGGUUGCACAUCUUCUCCUAAAUCCCAUGACGACUUACGUAAAGAAAGCAACUUUAACUCUGUUGACUGCCAGUUCCCGGGCCCGGCCCUGGCUUUGGAUAGUAAUUCUAAUGUCGAAGCUGAAAACGCCGAAAAUGACAGCCUUUCUGGGGGCCUUGGACAGAAAGAGCGCAAAAAGAAGAAAAAAAGACCGCCUGGAUACUACAGUUACUUGAAAGAUGGUAGUGAUGGUCUGAUCCCUUCAGAGACCCUUGUAAACGGUCAUACAAAUUCUUCCGUUCUGAACAAUAUGAGCACAGAGGAUGCGGAGUUUAUGGGAGAUGUACCUUCAUCAGCCAGCCCAAGGACUUGUAACAGCCCUGAGAACUCCGUGGACUGCAUCAGUGAAGUUGUGUCUGAUGAUUCUGUUUCUAGCGCGCUCGAUAAUGCUAGGACUGCAGGGCAGCCUGAGCUAUGUGGUGUUACUAAUUCCGAACAAUCUUGCAUCUCUUCAGAGGCUGGCAGAGGCAGCCCAUUAAGGACAGCUGUUGCACAGCCUUUUCCUGGUACUGAUACUACUGAAACUCUCAGAGUUACUAAUGGACAAACACUUGAAUCCUCUGGUGAGGGCACAGCUGCCAAUGGGGUAGAAUUACACACUGUGGAAAGUUCUGGCACAGCUCCGGCUAAGCAUGAGGAUGCUUCACCUACUGCUGAGACCACGACCCCCGUUUCAGGAUCAGUCUCUGUUAAUCAACCUCCCAAAUCCUGGGCUAGUCUUUUUCACAAUUCUAAGCCCUCUGCUUCCACACCCGUGGCCUAUGUUGAAACUAAAUGUACCCCUCCUCCCACUUCUACUCUGGUCCCUGAAAAACAGGUGGAAGUCAAAGAAGGGCUUGUUCCAGUUUCAGAGGAUCCUGUAGCCAUAAAGAUUGCAGAGUUACUGGAGAAUGUAACACUAAUACACAAACCAGUAUCUUUGCAACCCCGAGGACUGAUCAAUAAGGGAAACUGGUGCUAUAUCAAUGCUACAUUGCAGGCACUGGUUGCUUGCCCUCCAAUGUACCAUCUGAUGAAGUUCGUUCCAUUGUAUACAAAGGAACAACGGCCAUGCACAUCAACACCAAUGAUAGACAGUUUUGUUCGCCUCAUGAAUGAAUUUACCAAUAUGCCCGUACCGUCAAAAGCCAAGCAAGCUCUUGGGGACAGAAUUGUGAGGGACAUCCGACCAGGAGCUGCCUUUGAACCUACUUAUAUUUAUAGACUACUGACAGUAAUCAAGUCAAGCCUGUCAGAAAAGGGUCGACAGGAAGAUGCCGAGGAAUAUCUAGGUUUUAUCCUAAAUGGACUGCAUGAAGAAAUGUUGAACUUAAAGAAGCUUCUUUCACCUCAUAAUGAAAAAUUUUCUGUCUCUAAUGGACCUGAAGCACCAAUUGCAAAUGAAGAUGAAGAACAAGACGAUCAAGGGGAAGGUAGUGAGGAUGAAUGGAAACAAGUGGGUCCCCGGAAUAAAACCUCAAUCACUCGACAAGCUGAUUUUGUUCAGACUCCAAUUACUGGUAUUUUUGGUGGACAUAUAAGGUCUGUAGUUUAUCAGCAAAGUUCUAAGGAAUCUGCCACUUUGCAACCAUUUUUCACCCUGCAGUUGGAUAUCCAGUCUGACAAAAUACGCACAGUCCAGGAUGCAUUGGAAAGCUUGGUGGCGAGAGAGUCCGUCCAAGGCUAUACCACAAAAACCAAGCAAGAGGUUGAGAUUAGCCGGAGAGUGACCUUGGAAAAGCUUCCUCCUGUUCUUGUUCUACACCUUAAACGAUUUGUAUACGAGAAGACUGGUGGAUGUCAGAAACUUAUCAAGAAUAUUGACUAUCCAGUUGACUUGGAAAUUAGCAAAGAGCUACUUUCUCCAGGUGUGAAAAGUAAGAAUUUUAAAGGCCACAGAACUUACCGUCUCUUUGCUGUGGUCUAUCAUCAUGGAAACAGUGCAACUGGUGGUCAUUACACUACAGAUGUCUUCCAGAUUGGUCUGAAUGGCUGGUUACGCAUUGACGACCAGGCAGUCAAGGUGAUCAACCAAUACCAGGUGGUGAAGCCGUCCGCCGAACGCACAGCCUACCUCCUGUACUACCGCCGAGUCGACCUGCUGUGAAAACCUCCUUCGAUAACGCUGCGUGUGCAAGAUACCUGCUUUGUAGAACGCCAACUCUCACUAACUUUUUAUCCUCCUCUAAUCGCUUAUGAGUGCAACUUCUUCCCCCUUUGCAACUUUGGGAUAGCGUGAAAGGAACUUCCUUGGGGUUUGUGCACAAUUUAGUUUGUUUUAACUUCCAAAUUGAAAUCAUUUGGUUGAAAAGACUUGUCACUUGAUUACGAAAUUAAAAGACCGAGCUUUUACGUGAAAAAAAAAAAAAGUUGAUUCCCAAGAUAAUUAAAGGUAUUUGCAUCUGAUUCCCGGCCUAAUUGCAUAGUAGAACCCUGCACCAGCAACUGAACUUGUAAAUUUCUGUGAAAGUGAAUUUUAUCUUAAAAAAAUACAUUUUUAAAAUCCAUCUCUCUUCUCCACUUCACGUUCCCCCUUAGUUUUUUUUCACAAAUGAAAAACGCGAGCCAGUUGUCAGAGAAGAAACUGCUUCAAGAGAAAAUGUGUAAAAUAGAGUUACUGGCUCCUAAUGCGAGAAGUAGAUUUUAAAUAAUUGUGUGAAGGGAAGCUGCUUAAGCCCACAUUGCAGAAAAAUAUUUGGAGUUAAAAUGGUAGUCUAUAUAGAUGGGUGAUUGUAACUUUAUUGCUAUUAAAAUAUUUCAAAUUGCAUUUGUGCUUCUGUGUACAAAAGAUUUUAAAAUGGGCAAAAUAAUGAAGAUUGAUAUUUCUCUAAGUCUGCUUUGUUUAAUUUCGCUGUCUGCUCUCCUAUAAUGUUGAAUUCCUGAUUGUACACAGUUUAGUGAUAUCCAGGAGUAUAAAGUUGUCGCCCAUCAAUAAAGUCACAAAGUUGGUUUAAAUGAGA